ACAAUAAUGAGUAGCAGUAGUAGUAGUACGGCGACAGCAACGUCGACGAAUGAACUGUCAGAGAAUAUAUCGACUACAUCGUCAAUGGUUGGCGGCAUGCCUCGCACACCUGGCAAGGCGACAUCUGCUGCCGCUGCAUCAUUGUCAGCGUCAACUGGCAGCAGUGCAACAGGCUCCAAAUUCAUUGCCAACAGCUAUACAUACGACCACCUGUUCUCACCAUCGAUGGACACCCCUCAGAUAUAUGAUACGGUGGCCAAGCGCAUCAUUUGGAGCACGAUGGAGGGAUACAAUGGCACGAUCUUUGCAUAUGGUCAGACGGCAUCGGGCAAGACCUUCACGAUGAAGGGCAGCGGCAAGAAGAACCCAGGCAUCAUCCCAAUGGCCAUUCGCGAUGUCUUUGAUUUCAUCCAACAGGAGCCUGGGCGCGAGUUCCUGCUGCGUGUCAGCUACAUGGAGAUUUACAACGAGGUAAUCAAUGACCUCCUAGCGCCAGAGAGUUUGAACCUCAAGAUACAUGAGAAGCCAAAUGGAGAGAUAUAUGUUGGAAACUUGAAAGAGGAGAUUGUACUGUCGCCUGAUCAUGUCAUGUCACUGAUCUCGGCUGGAGAGGCAUACAGACACGUUGGCAGUACGAACUUCAACGAGCAAUCCUCUCGCUCACACACCAUCUUUCGACUUGUAGUCGAGAGCAAAGAGACAGCAUCCACUGGAUCAAACCUCAUCGAUUUGGCAGGAAGUGAACGUGCAUCAGAAGGAGUACAAGCAAUACGUAACAAGGAGGGAGCGUAUAUUAAUAAGAGUUUGCUGACGCUUGGAAGUGUGAUCAGCAAGCUGAGCGAGAAGACGACUGGUCAUAUCAAUUAUCGUGAUAGCAAACUGACGAGGAUCUUGCAGAACUCAUUGAGUGGCAACUCAAAGAUUGCCAUUGUCUGUACAAUCACAUUGGCCAGCAACAACUUUGAGGAGACGCACUCCACACUCAAGUUUGCCAGUCGCGCCAAGAAGAUCACCAAUCACGCCAGGCUCAACGAGGUGGUCGACGACAAGACUUUGAUCAAGCAGUAUCGCAAUGAGAUUGCCGAGCUGAAGCUCAAGCUGGAGGAGGCACAGCGCAAGGAGCUUGAUCUCGAGAAGAACAAGACCGCUGAGGAGUUGUCCAAGAGGCUGCACGACGCCGAGAAGCACAAGAACUUGCUCGAGUCCAAGAUACAGCACUUGACCAAGCUGAUCCUGGUCAGCAGCUCAAUCUCCAAGGCCAAGCAGGGCUCAACGUCGUCCUCGUCCGAGGCAUCCCCGCUGAGUUCCAGCGUGGAGGAUAUUGACGCGCAUCAUAUCAGCUCGCAUCUCAAGUCCAAUCCACUGGUCGAUGGCAAGGACGUGGCAAAGAUGGCCAAGUUGGAGAAGGAGCUGGAGGAGAAGAACAAGACAAUCGAGAGCGAUCAGAAGAGGAUCAAGGAGUUGGAGCUCAAGCUCAAGGAGAAAGAGGAUAGCGUGGCAAGUUUGGAAUUUAGGAUCAAUGGAUACAUGGAGAAGUUUAAGACCCUGAUAUCACAGAACGACAGUCUCAAAAAACAACUGAGUUCAACUCAAAAGGAGCUGGAAGAACACAAGCUGCAGCUACUCGAGGCGCAGGAGCAGGAGCAAGAGCAGGAACAAGAUCAAGAACAAGACGACCCAGAUGAGAUG